AUGGUGAAAGUGCGGCGCGUUUAUGUCGUGACGUCCAAUCCGGAGCGUGUGCCCGAGUUUCAGAAGCUGAUGCAACACUAUGGCAUCGAAGUGAAGCAGGCCAGCCCAUACGGAUAUCGAACGAAGAAGCUUGGACCCAAAGCGCUUCUUCCCUUGGUUGCCAAGCUGCUGAGUCACAGCACGGAUGAGUUUUGGACCAAGUCUGUGAUGUACGAGAAGGUGCUUCUCCUGUGUUAUGGAUCAGAUGAACAUGCCGACGCUCCCGGCAGAGACUUUGUGGAUGGUGAGCGCGUGACCGUGAGCGCUUCGCUCACGGUUUGGUGCCAAAAGGCUGCCAAGAAGGAUGGGGAGCCGAGUGGACAGAGCAGUCCCCAGGUGGAGGAAAUUGUUUACAGCUACGAGAUGGAUGCAAAGAUCGAUCUGUCCAAGCGAAAGCGGGAAGCUCAGCAGCCAAACGUCUUCAACUGGGAUGAUAUUGUGGUUGACCCUUAUAGCGGACUGUCUUAUCACGAGAAGAAGCUGAUGGGCUUCAAAGUGUCUCCUAGAGACAUGAUGCUGUCCCAAUACUUGCGAGAUCAUGUGCACUACCGCACCCGACGAGUUUGUCGCUACAAUCCGGUAGAAGCGUCUAGAGCUGUGGAAUUUGGCGAUGGAUCUCUGGUUGCCAACUUCUUCACGAAGAACACGCAUCUGUUCUGCUCUUUUGCAGAAGCGCAUGGCCUUUGCAGCGUCUUUAGGAGCGUGCUCAACAGCGGGCUUUUCCUGCGGGCGGCUAUCACACGAAGGGAGUUCAUUUAUUGGCUUCCAGGAUUGAACGCAGGCAUUCCUCUCGUGCCCAAGGAUGAUGCAAUCCACGAGGUGACAUUUCAGGCACACGACCUUACGCAUUUUCUCCUGCCAGAUCUGAUCUUCACUGGUACCAACGGGAGCCUCUCCAGGCGGCUGUACAUCAUCUAUCGCAUGCUGAGCGAAGCGAUCACGCUGGUCUUCGCUGACAUGCUCUUCGUGGAGGCACUGAGGCGCGAAGGCCUGGAAUAUGACUGGGAGAAGAGGAAGAUCUGGCCUGUCUUCCGCGACUGUGGGCUUGAUCCCUUUGAGCCUUCUGAGCCGCAGCAGCUGCUAUCAGUUUUUCGCACUCUUCUGGAAGCAAAUAUUGCAUACUGCCUCAUGGGUGAGGACGUCAAAUACAGGGAGCUCAUGUCCAAGCACUUGGGCACUCCGCUUGCUGAAGUACCCCCUGCUUUGCAAAGUUUCAAAGACAAGUACAUGCCCUUCUUUGUGGAGGACUUCCGCUGGACCUCGCAGAACUACGCGUGCAUGGCCGAGAAAGCACCGGAGAUGAGCCGCUGGUGGCAGCUCGCUGCGCCCAUCCGCACGAUCAUCAACCAGGACAUGGCGGGACCUGGCGCAUCUGGUUUGCAGACCAUUGCGGAGUUCGCCCAGAAAAUCCAUGCAACCGAGACGAUGGAUGGAAGAGACCUGGUGUGGGCCGCCUUCGAAGAAGUGUUCCAAUCGCGCCUUGCGCCCAUCUUUCUUGAUUCCGUGCAGCUGGAACCUGAUCCCUCGGCGAUGCUUUUUGCUGCGUUUGGCCGCUACAUGAUGGGCCAGUGCAUUUUGCUGGCACGCUUCAACUUCCUGCCAGAGUCUCAGCAGUGCCACGCUGAAAUUCUUCGAGUUCUGCAGGCUGCGAAGGAUGCUGGGGGCCACCUGAAAGAGGAGGAGAUGAGGCACCUGCGGCAGCACUUCGAGAGCUUUGUCGACCUGCUCAUGGCGAGGCACCUGAUCUCUGCAGAUGACGCCCUUACCUUCAAGGAGGUCUGCCCGCUCUUUGAUCCAUGCUUCGCAUCAUACGACGAACCGCUGUCCCAGUACGAGCAGCUCAAGAAGGUAAGCCAGGAGAUCUUGAAAGGCGCCUCGCCGACAGGAGCUCCGUGCAUCCCAGGACAGGAUGCGCCUCAUCGAAGCAGAAGCUGCAAAGGCAAUGUCCAGAAGAAUGGAACGAGACUUCGUUGGGUACCGAAGCAGAAGUGA